AUGGGGGAGGACUGCUCCAACACCAGCAACAAGCGCUCCAACCGGCGUGGGCCCCGGCGGGUCCCCGGCGGGUCCCCGGCCUGGUCCCCGGCCUGGCCCCCCGCCUGGCCCCCGCUGGUCCCCGGCCUGGCCCCCGGCCUGGUCCCCGGCCUGGCCCCCGCUGGUCCCCGGCCUGGCCCCCGGCCUGGCCCCCCGCCUGGCCCCCGCUGGUCCCCGGCCUGGUCCCCGGCCUGGCCCCCGCUGGUCCCCGGCCUGGCCCCCGGCCUGGCCCCCCGCCUGGCCCCCGCUGGUCCCCGGCCUGGUCCCCGGCCUGGCCCCCGGCCUGGUCCCCCGCUGGUCCCCGGCCUGGCCCCCCGCCUGGCCCCCCGCCUGGCCCCCCGCCUGGCCCCCCGCCUGGCCCCCCGCCUGGCCCCCGCUGGCCCCCCGCCUGGCCCCCGCUGGUCCCCGGCCUGGCCCCCCGGCCUGGGCCCCGGCCUGGUCCCCGGCCUGGCCCCCCGCCUGGCCCCCGCUGCUGUUGUGUGUACUCUUCGUUGUGUUGUGCGUUGUACCUCUGUAGCUGUUGUGUGUACUCUUCGUUGUGUUGUGCGUUGCUCCUCCCAGCUGGGGGGUCUCACCCUGCUGGCCUUGGGGAUCUGGGCCUCGGCCGACGGGGGCUCCUUCCUCCAGACUCUUGGGACCUACUCCACCCAGGCCAUGCAGUUCCUCAACGUGGGCUUCUUCUGCAUCGCCGUGGGCGUGGUGCUGGCGCUGCUGGGCCUGCUGGGCUUCUGGGCGGCGCACCGCGAGAGCAAGUGUCUGCUGCUGAUGUUCUUCUCCAUCGUCCUCAUCAUCUUCAUCGCUGAGGUGGCGGCCGCGGUGGUCGCUCUGGCCUACUCUUCGUUUGCGGAGGGAAUCCUGAGAGCAUGGGCAACCCCUGCCCUGAAGGAGCAGUACGGCAACGACCCUGUGGUCACGAAGAUCUGGAACACGACCAUGACAGAGUUGAAGUGCUGUGGAUUCACCAACUACACAGACUUUGAGGACUCCCGCUUCACACGCGACAACAACGGCAGCCUGCCCGAGGACUGCUGCCUGGGGAAUGGCACCUACUGCAGCCCCCAGCGUGCACUGAAGGACAACGUGGAGGGCUGCUUUGAGGAGCUCCUGGAGCUGGUGCAGACCAACGCUGACGUCGUGGGCGGGGUAGCGGCUGGGAUUGGUGCUAUGGAGAUUGCAGCGAUGGUGGUUUCAAUCUACCUCUACUGUCACCUGGACAACCGAGAAACCAUCAAAGCCUGAAGCUAGAGGACGAAACCAGCGUCCUGGGGUUCACCGCUUUAAGAAAGGACCCGAAGCAUCUCUGAAGCUGCUUUGUUUUGAAAUUAAUCUCCAGCCAACCUUUUAUACCUGGCUAAUUAUGCAGUCUCAUACCUUAUGCUGAAUUAUUCGUAGUAUUUAAAACUUCAUUUUGUAUAUUAGGGUUUGGUGGAAGGACUUUAGUUUUCCGUAUGACAUAAAAGAAGAUAAAUAAUUGCCAAUAAAAGCUAAAAGAAAUACAUGUCUGUACCAUACAUCAGGCAUUAGAAUAGAAAAACAACUCCAAUUUGAAUACACAAUAAUAUCACAGGAGUCUGUGUUAGUCCAGUAAUGUAUCAUUACAUUACUGGAUUUAUAUUAAACACUUUUGUGUUAAAUAUAAAUUGAUUGUGUAAUGUAAAAAACAAAAUAAAAGUGUCAGCUGUA